AUGGCUCGUUUUGCAAUAUUUAUGCUUUUGAUUGCUUUGGUUACUAUGUUAGUUUGUGUUGCACCAUGUUUUGAAGCAAGAAGACAAUUGAACAACAUGGAUAAGAAGGUAACUAACCUGGCUUCUUCGGCCCCAUGCAAAGAAGGUCAUGUUUAUGGUAACUUGAAUCCUGGCCCUAGUCCUGGAGCCGGCCAUUCUGGCCCACCUGGUCUUGGAAUGGGUCAUGUUUAUGGUAACUUAAAUCCUGGUCCUAGGCCUGGGGCCAGCCAUUCUGGCCCACCUGGUCCCGGAACGGGCCAUGUUUAUGGCAACUUGAAUCCCGACCCUAGUCCUGGAGCCGGCCAUUCUAGCCCACCUGAUCCUGGAAUGGGCCACAUUUAUGUCAACUUGAAUCCUGGCCCUAAUCCAGGAGCCGGCCAUUCUGGCCCACCUGUUCCUGGAAUGAGUCAUGUUUAUGACAACUUAAAUCCUGGCCCUAUUCCUGGAGCUGGCCAUUCUGGCCCACCUGGUCCUACAAUGAGCCAUGUUUAUGGCAACUUGAAUCCUGACCCUAGUCCUGGAGCUGGUCAUUCCAGCCCACCUGGUCCUGGAAUUGGCCAUGUUUAUGGUAACUUGAAUCCUAGCCCUAGUCCUGGAGCCGGCCAUUCUGGCCCACCUGGUCCUGGAAUGGGCCAUGUUUAUGGCAACUUGAAUCUUGCCCUAGUCCUGGAGCCGCCUGGCCCUAGUCUUGGUGCCGACCAUUCUGGCCCACCUGGUCCUGAAAUGGGCCAUGUUGAUCGUAGGUUUAUGUCAGUCUCGAGUCAUGAUAUUGGUCAAUGA